AAUAAUAACGCUCGUCUUCUUCUUAGGGGUUUCCUGGUUGGACAGUUUAAACGUGUAUCCCGGUGUGAAAACGCCCAGUGUUUGGGAAACUGCUCUUUUUUGUUCUGCUUGAGCUCAACGGCUGCAGUCCUGGAUUCAGUGAGAGCUGAGGAACAAAUCACUUUCAGCAGAAACCGUGAACUAAGAGUCAUCAAAGCUUUCUGACGCAGCUGCAGCGAUCUUCUGAGGAGAGGAGAGCAGUUCACGUAGUGACUACUUUUUGAUGAAAAGCAGGAAUAUUUGGAGGAGUAUCAUUUGAACUGAGAUCUGCUGCUGUGAAGAUGUUUGUUAAAGAGGAGAGUGAAGAGAACACGAGUGAACCAGAAACCUGGAGAAUAAAACACGAGGAGCCAGAAACCUGGAGAAUAAAACCCGAGGAGCCAGAAACCUGGAGAAUAAAACACGAGAAACCAGAAACCUGGAGAAUAAAACCCGAGGAGCCAGAAACCUGGAGAAUAAAACACGAGGAACCAGAAACCUGGAGAAUAAAACACGAGGAACCAGAAACCUGGAGAAUAAAACCCGAGGAGCCAGAAACCUGGAGAAUAAAACACGAGAAACCAGAAACCUGGAGAAUAAAACCCGAGGAGCCAGAAACCUGGAGAAUAAAACACGAGGAACCAGAAACCUGGAGAAUAAAACACGAGGAACCAGAAACCUGGAGAAUAAAACACGAGGAGCCAGAAACCUGGAGAAUAAAACACGAGGAACCAGAAACCUGGAGAAUAAAACACGAGGAACCAGAAACCUGGAGAUUAAAACCCGAGGAGCCAGAAACCUGGAGAAUAAAACCCGAGGAGCCAGAAACCCGGAGAAUAAAACACGAGGAGCCAGAAACCUGGAGAAUAAAACACGAGGAACCAGAAACCUGGAGAUUAAAACCCGAGGAGCCAGAAACCUGGAGAAUAAAACCCGAGGAGCCAGAAACCCGGAGAAUAAAUCCCGAGGAGCCAGAAACCCGGAGAAUAAAACACGAGGAACCAGAAACCCGGAGAAUAAAACACGAGGAACCAGAAACCCGGAGAAUAAAACCUGAGGAACCAGAAACCCGGAGAAUAAAACACGAGGAACCAGAAACCCGUAGAAUAAAACACGAGGAACCAGAAACCCGGAGAAUAAAACACGAGGAACCAGAAACCCGGAGAAUAAAACCUGAGGAGCCAGAAACCCGGACAAUAAAACCCGAGGAACCAGAAACCCGGAGAAUAAAACACGAGGAACCAGAAACCAGGAGAAUAAAACACGAGGAACCAGAAACCCGGACAAUAAAACCCGAGGAACCAGAAACCCGGAGAAUAAAACACGAGGAACCAGAAACCCGGAGAAUAAAACACGAGGAACCAGAAACCCGGAGAAUAAAACACGAGGAACCAGAAACCCGGAGAAUAAAACACGAGGAACCAGAAACCCGGAGAAUAAAACACGAGGAACCAGAAACCUGGAGAAUAAAACCCAAGGAGCCAGAAACCCGAAAAAUAAAACCCGAGGAGCCAGAAACCAGGAGAAUAACCAGAGGCCGAGAGAAUAAAACCCGAGGAGCCAGAAACCUGGAACAUAAAACGAGAGGAGCCAGGAGAAUAAAACAUGACAAAAAAGGAGGCCUAAUGAAAGAAGAAAGGCAAGAUCUGAAUGAGGUGGAGGAGAAAUAUCAGGAUCAGAAAGAUCAAGAUGUCAAUGGCAAAAAAUCAGUGAGUUCCAGCAUUAAAACAACAGAAGUCAAGAGGCCUUUCAGCUGCUCUCAGUGUGGAAAAAGUUUCAUAUAUAACAGUAAACUUAAGACUCACAUGUUAAUUCAUACUGGGAUAAAGCCUUUUAGCUGCUCUCAGUGUGGAAACACUUUUGCACGCAAAGAAAGCCUUGAGAAGCACAUGUUUAUUCAUACUGGAAUAAAGCCUUUCAGCUGCUCUCAGUGUGGAAAGAGUUUUAUACAGAAAGCUAGCUUAAAGGAUCACAUGUUUAUUCAUACUGGAAUAAAGCCUUUCAGCUGCUCUCAGUGUGGAAGGAGUUUUACAAAGAAAGCUAGCUUAAAGGAUCACAUGUUUAGUCAUACUGGAAUAAAGCCUUUCAGCUGCUCUCAGUGUGGAAGGAGUUUUACACUGAAAGCUAGCUUAAAAGAUCACAUGUUUAGUCAUACUGGAAUAAAGCCUUUCAGCUGCUCUCAGUGUGGAAAGAGUUUUACACGGAAAGCUGGCUUAAAGGAUCACAUGUUUAUUCAUACUGGAUUAAAGCCUUUCAGCUGCUCUCAAUGUGGAAACACUUUUACACGCAAAGAAAGCCUUGAGAAGCACAUGUUUAUUCAUACUGGGAUAAAGCCUUUCAGCUGCUUUCAGUGUGGAAAGAGUUUUAUACAGAAAGCACAACUUGAGAGUCAUUUGGUAACUCACACUUCAGAUAAUCCUUUCAGCUGCUCUCAGUGUGGAAAGAGUUUUACAAAUAAAGUAAGCUUAAAGCAUCACAUGUUAAUUCAUACUGGAAUAAAGCCUUUCAGCUGCUCUCAGUGUGGAAAGAGUUUCAUAUGUAACCGUAAUCUUAAGAGGCACAUGUUAAUUCAUGCUGGGAUAAAGUCUUUCAGCUGCUCUCAGUGUGGAAAGAGUUUCAUAUGUAACCGUAAUCUUAAGAGGCACAUGUUAAUUCAUGCUGGGAUAAAGUCUUUCAGCUGCUCUCAGUGUGGAAAGAGUUUUACACUGAAACAAGAGCUUAAGACUCAUUUGGUAACUCACACUUCAGAAAAUCCUUUCAGCUGCUCUCAGUGUGGAAAGAGUUUCAUAUGUAACCGUAAUCUUAAGAGGCACAUGUUAAUUCAUACUGGGUAAAAGCCUUUCAGCUGCUCUCAGUGUGGAAAGAGUUUCAUAUUUAACAGUAAUCUUAAGACUCACAUGUUAUUUCAUACUGGGAUAAAGCCUUUCAGCUGCUCUCAGUGUGG